AUUUACGUGCAUCAACAACCUUCUAGAUGUAGUCCGUGGAUUCUUAUAUGUUGUUGUUUUGUAAUAUUUAAUUUAUUAAAAUGGAAAAAUCAAAAGAUAAGCAAAGAUUGAAUAAUUGUAUAGAUUGGUAUAAGGAUAAGAUAGAGUACAAUGCCAUCUGCAAGGAUAUGAAUAAGGUGACACGAGAUUUCAUAGAGCAGUUUGGAAAUCUUAAGAUACCUCCCCGAGUACUGAUAGAACAAAAUCUUAUAAAUUAUAUGAAAAGUGUUGGUCGUCGAUUUAAUAGGCUUAAAAGGGAAGCAGAUUUGGUUGUGAAGAAAUGGCAGCAGCAAAUUGAUUUAUGGUUAAAAGAAAACAAUUUAACUGAGAAAUGGUAUUUAGAACAAGUCUCAGAUGACAAAAAGAAUCCAGAACCAUUGUCCCCUCGAUUGAAUGGUGCUUGGAAAACUAAUCUAGGAAGCUCUGACACUGAUUACAAACAAAAUUACCAGUCUUCUAGUUCUCAAGAUAUAGACAGUCCUGACUCACAGAGAGCUGACCAAAGAAAGACAGAUGUUAACCACAGAUUAUAUAAACAACACCCUUUUGUCAGAAUAUCAUCUAGUCCUCCCCCGUUAGAAAAUCGUACCUCACGAAAGAUCAACUCAGCGGAAUUCAAUGCUAACUUGAGAAUUGAUCCAAAAGAAGUGGCUCCUAGCAAUAAAGUUCAAGAAUCACCUGCAAAAUCUAAUGAACGUUUUUGUGUAGCACUGAAGGAAAAGAUGUUCACAACAAUCAAAUCAAAAGAACCUGUUUUGGAAAAAAACAUGUCAAUGUUAUUAUAUCUAUGCAAAGAUGUAUUGGGGCUACCAUUAAGUAGUUAUCCAGAAUAUCUUAGGGAUUACCAAGAGUCUCUUAAAAAUCUAGGUCAAAGGCAUAGGGACAAUCCAGUUUCUAGUGAUUGUGCCAAAUCUGUAGAUGGAAAAAAUAAGAAAAAAAUUGGCUCCAAUGAUUCACCGUCCACACCACAACAAGGAGUAAUGGAAUCUUCAAGGAGUUGCUCCGAGUCUAGGCAUGAUCGAAAGAGAAAGCAUAUGGAAAGUAUUCAGUCUGUUCCUAAAACCAAAGAAUUGAAAGAGGAAAAGCAGCCUGCUCAAGAGAGCAAAGAUUUGCCGUCCAUGUCACAGCAAGGUAUGAUGGAGUCUUCAAGGAAUUGCAAUGUAUCUAGGCAGGAUAGGAAAAGGAAGCAAAUGGAAAGUACUCAGUCUGUUGUAAAGAUCAAAGAACCGAAAGAGGAACAGCACUCUUCUCAAGAUAGCAAGGAUUUGCCGUCCACACCAUUACAGGAUGUAGUAGAAUCUUCAAGGAAUUACCAUGCAUCUAGGCAUGAUACGAAGAGGGAAUACACUCAGUCUAUAGCCAAAAGCAAAGAAUUGAAGGAGGGGCAGUUACCUAUUCAUGGUAAUAGGUUGAAACACAAAGAAACUACUCAGUUAGUUAAGAGCAAAGAGUUGAAAAAAGAGCAGCAGCCUGUUCAAAAUAGUAAGCUACUAUAUACGCAGAGGUCUCAGUCUGCUCCCAAGUCCAGAGAAUUGAGAGAGGAGCAGCAUUCUGCUCAAGAUAGCAAGUUAAAACACAUGACCAGGACUCAGUCUGGGCUCCUUGUCAAAGGCAAAGAAUUGAGAGAAGAACAAUGUCUUGCCCAAAGCAGAAUGUUGAAUUGUAGAGAAAUUGUUCAAUCUAAUGCCAAGGCUAAAGAAAUGAAAGAAGAGCAGCAGCCUAUUCAAGAUACCAAACGAAAAUUGGAUCCAAAGCAUGUUUCUGCUAUGGUCUCAGAAGUUAGAAAUUCUGAUAAAAACACCACCAGGAAAAGAGAAUCUCCAGACCAGAGUACUAUGAUUGCAAUUACAUCUUCCAAAAAAGAAAGAACAUCUGUGUACCAUGGUGGGAGAAAAUGUGAGGUACCAAAACUGCAGGAUAUGUGUAUCAAGGCUUUAGUAAAAGGGUUAAAGCAAAGCAUGGAUGUUACAAAAUUUAUCAAUAAAAAGGCAAGCUUUGAAACCCUUGAACCCAUUUUGGUAACCCUCACCCCAGAUAAGCUGUACAGAAUAGAAGAAGACAUGAAGUACCUCUUAAAAUACACUGAUUCGGUUUGGAAACUUCAUUGCACCAAGAAAUUUAGGUCCCAGGUUCAGCUUAAAAAGGACAACGAAUCUUGGCGGACUUUUUACCACAGAUGUUGUACAGAAUCCGAAGAAAAAUUUAAGAAUGUGACUGCAUCUGUAACUGCAUCUGCAUCAAAAACCAAACCUGAUCGGCAAAUUAAAUUCAUAAGUAUGGAAGGACCUCCAACUAAACGUCAGAGGUUAGACUCUACAGCUUUCGUGAGGAACAAUGCCAAUCAUUCAACAGCGAAACCACUGCCGAAUUCCACCCACCUGUUCACUUCCAGAUCUGAUGUUCCAGUUCCUCCAAAAGCUUCAUCUAAUUAUAACAAAUCUGGCAACAGAAUAGUCAAAAAAGACAGUUGUAUGGAAAAAGCAGAUGCUCCUUUGAUGCAUAAGGCAAAGAAGACGUUGGGCCAGCUCCAUCGAAUUCACAGGAAUUAAACAAAUCUGUAAACACCUCAGUUUUGAAGAAAAGUGAAAUGAAGUUGAAAAGAAUGGGGGAAAAAUCAUGAAGAGGACAAAGAAAAAAAAAGAUGAAGGGGAAAAUUCUAAUGAGAAAUUGUUUUAAAAUAAUUUAGAUGUAUUAAAUUAGCAAAAGGGGGGGGGGGUCAGAACUAAAAAAAAGUCAAAGGAAAAAAAAGUGAAACGAAUGGAAAGCCAUAAAAAAAAUCUAGAAAAGAAUGAAAAAGGAGGGGGGAAAAAAAAGAAAUUCAUAAAAGAAAAAAAAAAUUAAUAAUAAAAAGGAAAUACUAGAUAAUAAACCAAGAUAAUCUUCAAACAUCUGCAUCCAGUCAUGCUGAUUUGCAUGACCAAGUUGAUACGCAGAAUAUUUUAAUUCGGAAAAUGAUAUAUAAAGACAAUUUUUCUGCGAGAGCUCUGAUUACACUGAGCAGCCGUGUGAAGAAAGUUACAGUUUCUAGACUCAGCAUGUUAGUGCUAUUAACGUUAAAUAAACGUUAGAAGAAAAAAGAGAGAAAAAACCAAGUUGGCUGUAACCAACCUCUGGCUGUUAGACCAGUCUCACCGAAGUUGGAUCGGUGGAUAUUUUAAUUGCCAAACUUUUAUACAUAGGUUGAUUAAUUAUUUAUUGCAAUUAUUUAUUUGUAGAUUACAAAUUCAAGAUUUUAUGUUUUGCAUAUCUUUGGUGCCAUUUUCCCACCAAUGGGAAAGUUGCACUUGAGAUGCAUAUACUUUCAUUUAGGUUUAACUAAUAAAAUUGACUACAUAAUCCUCAAAAAUCCGUUCCGAAUCGUAAAAAUAAUUAAUAAUAAUUUUUAAUUAAUGUUUGAAACUCGAUAAAAGACUAGACAAACCACGUGACCCGUAAACGCGAUGUGAUUGGCUAUGCGUCUCAAAUUCUCUGAAUUUUCAGCGCUUGCUUUACGCUUUUACCGGUUAUAUUUUUAACAUUUGCUGCUGUUUUCAUCCACAAUUUACUUUAUUUUUAGAACUGAAACCUUUUGUAAAAGAUAACAUAUACUGUCUACAACCAUAAAAUUAAUUCGUUUUGAUUAUUUAUUUGUUUAAAAAAAAUAUCGGCCUUAGCAGGAUUUGACAAACACAAUGGGAAAAUCUUCCGAAUAUAUAUGCCCUCAGUAUGUUCACGUUUUUUCGAAAAAAAAAAAUCCUUACAAAAGCAGUACUGCGAAGAAUUAAAGUAAUAUAUAUAGUAAUAUAUAAAUUUAAGUAAUACUUUUAGUAUCGUUAUCAUAUAAGUAUUUCUUUUGACUUACUUUAUUAUCAGUAAAAUUUUAAUAUUUGCCAAAAUUUUUCAUCACAAUUUGUGUAAAAACUUUUUAAAAAAUUUUU